ACUAGCUCUGCAUCAGCUAGUGUAAACCAUAUAUUUAACUAAUAAUGUCUCAGUCUUCUCUUCUCUUCCUUUUCUUCUUUGUCACUACAAUUUCUGCAGUAGCUGCAACUCCCUGUAAUGACCUGAUCGACCAAACCUGCAAAAAAUGUGAGAACCAAUCCAUCAUCUUGAACUACGGCUUAUGUUCGUCGGCUCUUGGGGUGAUUCCAGUUAGCCAUGCUGCGAAUCUUCAAGGGCUGGCCUUGAUCGCCAUGGAGCUGGCUCUGGAGAACGCAACCACCACACGUUCCACCAUUGAAAAGCUCAUGGAUGAUGAAAACCUUGCGACGUCGUCGUCGAGGGCUUGCCUGAGAGACUGCUUGGAGCUGUAUUCUGAUGCGGCGUGGAGGAUCAUGAGCUCCAUCGGAGCUUUCUUGUCUGAGAAUUAUGAGUCGACCAAGACUGGGAUGAGCUCCGUCAUGGAAGCCGCCUCGACGUGCCAGAGAGGGUUUGCAGAGACAGGCGAAGUGUCUCCGCUGACGAAGGAGAAUUACAAUCUCUUCCAGUUAUGCGGGAUUUCUCUUUGUAUCAUCCAAAUGUCUACCCCAGUAACGCCUUCUUAAUAUAUUCUCCAUCAAUCUUCAGCUCUGCUUCCGUCUUCUUGUUCCUCAGAUGAUAGCAGGAGUUGAGGGACGACGGAGAGAUAUAUUCAUCAUGCGAAUAUGGAAAGGAGGAAAAAGAUGGGAUUUGAAGACCUUUAAUAUAUAUGUUUCAACUAUUUCGUUUAGUUCAGACUUUAGAAUGUCGUGUGUCCUUAAUUUAUAAGAUUAGGUUAACAUGGAAUGCCUGGUGGAUUUCUUGAUGCUGAAGCUAUUUUGAGGCAAACAUGGCAUUAGCUAUAUAGUUCAUCCUCAUAUGAUAUAUCAAGCAUUAUGCAAAGACAAAUAUUGAGUUUUACACUA